AUGGGUAGGAGAAAAAGUAGCACUUUGCAAGAAUAUUCCCAGAAACACAUGUGAAAGAUUUGUCUGAUCUUUGUAUUGAAAUUUUCGCUGACCAUGAUGAAAAGGGCAUCCAUUUCAAGUAGCGUGAGGUUUUUUCUGUUCAUACCUGUCUGAUGUAAGCCUUCUAGAGCACCUCUCCUCUUUGACACGAAAGCGGACAAAUUCUUCAAAAGCUAAUGAUGAGACAAAAUGAGAGCUAUGGAAUCUUUGCCUCUCACUGCAGGAAGAUACCUUAAUCUGUUAGUUUAGUCCCAGCUAGAGCCAUAUUUAAAUUAGAACAAAUGUCUUCUUUGCUUGAUUUCUUCUGCCAAGUAACGUUUCUUAGUUUAUGGGUGUAUUAGAUCAAGUGUUUCAUCAGGAGAGGUGAGGGUGAGUUGAGAAGGGGUUCAUGGAGAUGGAGGGCAGGGGUCUGUCUGAACUGUUCAGGAACACCAGCGAGGAGAUCUUUCUGAAGGCAGUGAUGGAGAACUCGAUUGGAGUGGCAGCACCGCCAAGCAUGGAGAUGAUGGGGUUCAGAAACAUGUCACAAAGUUUCAGAGAAGACAGCGAGGAGUUGUUCAACAGCUGGCUUAUGAAUGGAGAGAUUCCAGGCUUUGGUCACCUGAAUAAUCGGCCUCGACAACCAUCUAGGUUGUCAUCAGAAGCAGCUGCCCUUCCUACUCAACAACAUGAGAUUGCUCGACAAAAUUUUCUCGGCGACAACUUGAUUCCUGAGAAUUCUGCAGUUCAUCCUGAAUACUCGAUUAACCACAACCAGCAAUCGCUCAAGAAUGCAGCAGAGAAAGGAAUGCAAGCCAGUGAUCUACUCUUGGCGAAGACCUGGUUUCACUGCACUCAACCAAUGACUAGAAGCAGAUCUUCAGAACUAAGAAGGCGGUAUGCUGCAAUGCAAAGUAACGUGCCACCAAUAACCGUGGGAACAACGAGAGCAGCUAACCAGUUGAGACUAGAUUUUACAAACACAAAUGCAACAAACGGUGCCCCAAUGGGCAACACUCCCAUUCAGACUUCAACAUUUGUAAGUCCCUCGUGUUCAUCGACAUCCCCUUUGGAUAGUCCGCAUAUGGUACCGCAGGAUACUGUUACCUCAGUGGUGAGCAUGCUCAAGGAUACACUCGAGCGCAAGAAGCACGGUAGCCAUGCCAACAAGGACAUCCCACAUUGCAAUUCGUUUGGGUUUUACGACAAUCAGCAGUUUCAACACAACACUUUUGGAGGAACAGAUAUCUUCCCACUGGUGGCAACUUCCCAUGUUCAGGACUCCCUGGUAUUUCCUGAAGUUGAGGGACCCACAGAACUAAAUGCCGGGAGCUUUGUUACUCCAGCAAACCAAAUUUGGAUCAGUACGACGUCUAGAGAGCCUUCACAGAGUGGAUCAUCUACAGCUAUGACGGCUCAAUCAGCCGGAUUUGAGGUAUGCGAUGAACUACGCCCCAUGGGGCAAGCACUGUCUGCGUGCGAGAGCACUAGAAGAAAUGCUGCAAAUGGGACAGCUGACUGUAGAUCAACAGGAAAAGAAUACAGAGGGAAGGUACUACAAGAUAAUAUGAAGGAUGAUAAAAAGAGAGUGACCCUGACUAGAAUGGGAUCCAUCUCAUCAGAACAAGCAGUUGAUAGAGGAGAUCCUACAAAGAAACGCAGGGUUGAGCGCACACGCAAAAUGGCAGAAGCGAAGGAAAGAAGUUCCACACCAGUAAUACCAUCUGACAUGCAAGCGGUACUUAAGCGAUGUGAAAAUCUAGAGAAGGAAGUCAGAUCGCUAAAGCUUAACUUGUCAUUCAUGAAUCGGAAGGAUUCUGAACAGACGAAGCAGAUCGAGGACCUUCAGAAGCAAAACGAAGACAUGGCAGAAGAGAAGGAGCGGCUGCAAGAGGAGAUUGAACGCUUGGCCUCCGAUUCCGCCUCAUGAAUCACCUAUUACUUGCAACUUCAUCAUAUACUAAAUGGCAGUGCACUUUGAAAGAGUCCCUGCUGCCUAGAUACAGAUAUACACCCAAUUGUAGUUGAUGGCCUUAAUGUACCAUUCUUUUCGUUCCAUGUUCCUAUUGUAAGCUUUAACAUGUACUAGUACAAACAAGAACAGAUUGGGAAUUGCAUCUUAAUUCAA